AGCCCCCGCCUCCGACGCUGUGAGUCAGCUGAAUCGAAAGAGAGCACAGAUAUACGCAGGACUGCAGAAGGGACAAGGCUGGAAUGGGAAAUAAACAAGUAUUGUGAGAUUGAACUUUGUUCUCACAGUUUUAUGCAAUUUAAGAUUCGACGGUUAAGUCAUUCAAGAUGGAAAGUGGGAAUGAUGUCGGAAGACUCAACGAGUACGCACAUAAAAAAGGAUUUACUGUGGACUACAGGGAGUCUCCACCUGAUGGCCCAGACCAAUUCACCCAGAGGGUGGUCCUGAAUGGUAUAGUCUAUCCUGAGGGUGUGGGGAAGACGAAAAAGGAAGCCAAGAAAGAUGCUGCUAAAAAUGCCCUGAGAGACUUGUCAGAGGGCACACAUCAGACUGCAGAUGACAAUCACAACCCUACACCAGCUCAACAAAAUUUCAUUGGAUUAGUUAACAACUACUGUAUGAUAAAAAAAUGCCGCCAUACAUUCGUUGAAGUGAGGAGAGACGGUCAACCUCAUAUUCAUCAAUUCUUCUACAGAUUAAUAAUAGACAACAAGGAGUACCCUGUGGCUGAAGGUAGGACAGUCAAAGAAGCCCGACAAAAUGCAGCUCGACUUGCCUGGCCUGCUCUUAAAGAACAGAUGGAUUGGGACAGCAAGGUGUCUGUCAGAUCAACACUGUCGGAGGAUGGUGCACCGCCAUCACCAUCACCAUCACCAUCACCAACUCCACUGGAGUCCCAUGAGGCAUCAUCACAAAGCAUGUUUACUUCAGACUUUGAUCCCAUUGAGUAUCUUGGCAGUGGAGCCUACGGUUGGGUUUACAAAGCAAGGCGUAAACUAGAGGAGAAGUAUUAUGCUGUAAAGAUUGUACGCAGUGACAAGAACGCUUUUCGAGAGGUGGUGACAUUAUCAGAGCUCCUCCACCAUAAUGUCAUCAGAUACUUCAAUUGUUGGAUCGAGAAUACAAGAUACCAAGACGACAUCUCAGCUGGAAGCUCAGCUGGCAGUUACAGCGAUACCCAGUCUACAGAUGAUCCAUCUGUAAAGUUCCUUUAUAUUCAGAUGGAGUUAUGCAAAACGAAAACACUUAAGGAAUGGAUUCAUGAGAAGAACACUCAGUCUCUGCAAGACACAAAGAGAAGACAAGAAAGUCUAACCAUUGCUCAGCAAAUAGUCAGUGGAGUCGAAUAUAUUCACUCCAAGGGGCACAUCCACAGAGACCUAAAGCCUGAGAACAUCCUGUUUGGACUGGAUGAUAAAGAAGUGAAGAUUGGUGACUUUGGUCUGGUCACCAGAGAUGAUGACCCUUUGAUGGACAGAACAGAGAACAGAGGAACCAGAUCGUACAUGGCCCCUGAACAAGUGGGGAAGACCUAUGAUCGAAAAGUGGACAUAUUUGCUCUGGGGUUGAUAUACUUGGAACUCCUGUGGAAAGUCUCUUCUGGCCAUGAAAGAGGAGAGGUUUUAAAAAAUGCAAGAAAACAGAUUCUCCCAACAAACUUUUCACGGGCCUUCCAAGAAGAGAACCUAAUCAUCAAGAAAAUGCUGCAUGAGAAGCCAGAGGAUCGACCUGAAGCAAGUGAACUGAAGGCACAGCUGGACAAGUUGGCUCAGACAGAAAAUGAGCCUCAGAAAAGGGCAACUGUGUGAUUAUCACAACGAAUUGUGACAAGUCUUAUGAGGGUAAUGAGAUCUGUCUGUAAUCUGUGGCCUGUACUCAGGGGUUAAAUUGGGCUGGGGCUGUCCGGGGCUCAGCCCCGGCACAUAGGACGAUGCUCUGACGUCAUCACCCU